AACAAAAAAGAACUCAUAUUUUUAUAAUCGUAGAACCCAAUUUUUUUUGUUCUCACUACCUAUAUUUUAAGCCUCCCUACCCUUCCCCCCAUUCCAUCCUAUACCCUUCACCAACACACCUCCACUUCUCCAAUGGAAGAUCCUCUCCACAUAUUUCAAUUUCAGUCUCAGUCUUCUUCUUCUUCUUCUGAGAUCAAAAAUUGCAGCAAAGAAAUCAUCAAGGGCUCCAAAAAGGUGAAACUCGGGAGCGACGGCAAGCAUCCCACAUAUCGCGGCGUCCGAAUGCGACAAUGGGGAAAAUGGGUGUCCGAAAUCAGAGAACCAAAGAAGAAAUCGCGGAUUUGGCUGGGCACAUUCUCCACGCCGGAAAUGGCGGCCAGAGCCCACGACGUCGCCGCCCGGACAAUCAAAGGCCGCGCCGCCUUCCUCAACUUCCCGGAGCUCGCCCACCGCCUCCCCCGUCCGGCCAGCUCAUCCCCCAAGGACAUUCGCGCCGCCGCCCUCCAAGCGGCGUCGUUUGAUCUCCCGCCGGAAUCCGACCUCAAUCGCUCCCCCUCCUCCUCCGCCGCCGCCGCCGCCCAGUCGCCGGAGCAGGACGACGAUCCGUUCUUCGAUCUCCCCGAUCUGCUCCUCGAUCCCAAUCACCAAAUCGAAACGCUCUGUUUCUCGCAGCUGCCGAUCGACGCUUUCGAUUCCGCUUUCGGGCGGCCGGAGGAGCAAUUCUCGCCGGAAUAUUACGCCUACAGAACCAGCCUACUCUAAUUCUCUGCCGCCGCCUGCAAAUGCAGAAGCCUGCAGAUUUUGAUUUUAACCCUAAUACCAAAUCAGGAAAAAAUUCUCUCUUCUUCCUUUC